AUGGACGAGCAUCUCAGCCUCUUGCACUCGCCUCCGCCGCCCUCCGCCCGCCACCGCGCCCACCCCUCGGCGCAGCCCCAGCCCCAGCCCCAGUCGGGCGGCGGCGGCGCGGGCGGCCCGCAGCCGGGGGGCUGCGGUGGUGGCUGUGACCGUGACCGUGACCGCUACGAGCCGCUCCCGCCCGGGGGCCCCCCAGCCGAGGCGGGCGCGGGAGCAGAGCAAGACUGCUGCGGAGAGCGGGUGGUGAUUAACAUCUCCGGGCUGCGCUUCGAGACCCAACUGAAGACCCUGUGCCAGUUCCCCGAGACGCUGCUGGGAGAUCCCAAGCGACGUAUGAGGUACUUCGACCCGCUCCGCAAUGAGUACUUCUUCGAUCGCAACCGGCCCAGCUUCGACGCCAUCCUCUAUUACUACCAGUCCGGGGGCCGCAUACGCCGGCCAGUCAACGUGCCCAUCGACAUCUUCUCCGAGGAGAUCCGCUUCUACCAGCUGGGCGAGGAGGCCAUGGAGAAGUUCCGAGAGGAUGAGGGCUUCCUCCGGGAGGAGGAGCGGCCCCUGCCCCGCCGGGACUUCCAGCGUCAGGUGUGGCUACUCUUCGAGUACCCCGAGAGCUCGGGGCCCGCACGGGGAAUCGCCAUAGUGUCUGUGCUGGUCAUUCUCAUCUCUAUUGUCAUCUUCUGUCUGGAGACGCUGCCCGAGUUCCGCGAUGAGAAGGACUACCCCGUGCCCUUGGCCCCCGACACGCUGGAAGCUGCCAACAAUGGCACGUCGGGCUCGCCCGCUGGCGUCUCCAGCUUCUCGGAUCCCUUCUUUGUGGUGGAGACCCUGUGCAUCAUUUGGUUCUCCUUUGAGCUGUUGGUGCGUUUCUUCGCUUGCCCCAGUAAGGCCACCUUCUCCCGCAACAUCAUGAACCUGAUCGACAUCGUGGCCAUCAUCCCCUACUUCAUCACCCUGGGCACCGAGCUGGCCGAGAGGCAGGGCAACGGACAGCAGGCCAUGUCCUUAGCCAUUCUGAGGGUCAUCCGGCUGGUGCGGGUCUUCCGUAUAUUCAAACUCUCCCGCCACUCCAAGGGGCUGCAAAUCCUGGGGCAGACCCUCAAGGCCUCCAUGAGGGAGCUGGGGCUCCUCAUCUUCUUCCUCUUCAUCGGGGUCAUCCUCUUCUCCAGCGCUGUCUACUUCGCGGAGGCAGACGAUCCCACUUCUGGGUUCAGCAGUAUUCCCGAUGCCUUCUGGUGGGCAGUGGUGACCAUGACCACUGUAGGUUAUGGGGAUAUGCACCCGGUGACCAUCGGGGGCAAGAUUGUGGGAUCUCUGUGUGCCAUCGCUGGUGUCCUGACAAUUGCCUUGCCGGUGCCAGUGAUUGUUUCCAAUUUCAACUACUUCUAUCAUCGAGAGACAGAGGGUGAAGAGCAAGCCCAGUAUAUGCACGUGGGGAGCUGCCAGCAUCUCUCCUCUUCAGUUGAAGAGCUAAGGAAAGCUCGGAGUAAUUCGACUCUGAGUAAGUCAGAAUACAUGGUGAUCGAGGAGGCGGGUAUGAACCAUAGCACCUUCCCCCCAGCCCCCUUCAAAACGGCCAACUCCACAGCCACCUGCACCACGAACAAUAAUCCCAACUCGUGUGUCAACAUCAAAAAGAUAUUCACCGAUGUUUAA